CCCCCCUGGCCCCGCUCGGUCACUAUAACUCGGCGGCGCCCAUGGCAGCGGGGCCCCAGCCCGGCAGCCCAGCGCAGCCCGGGCCCAGCAUCCCGGCAGGUGAGUGCCCGGCACCGGGGGCCACCGGCAGAGGGGGGAGCCCGCUCUGGCAGAGCGCCGCGCUAUGGGGAGGGUGGCGAGGGGCGGCCGUGCCCCCCCAAGCUCGUCCAGGGGCUGUGCUGCCCGCCCGGGAGAGGUAGCCCCCCAAGGUAAGAAGGGAUGCCACGGUGGGGAUAGGAGGGUGUCUGCUCCCGCUGGGGUGCUGAUCGGGGGGGCAGGGUCACCCCCUUUACCUGCUGCGUGGGAUUCCCUCACUUGGGUCCCGAACUCCUCGCGGAGGAUUGUGUUUUCCACUGCCAGUCCUGCUCCCCUGGAUUUAUCCAUCAAAAUCAUGCAGUGCCCAACCCCCAGCAGCUAAGGCAGGCAGGAGCAGGGGUGUUGUGUGUGUGUGUGUUCCCUCCCCUUUAUUCACCUAUUCAUUUUAAAAUUAAACCAUCUCAUCCAGAAAAAUCCCCUUGGAGCUAACAGCGAGGACAUCCUCAACUGACACUGAGCUGUCCUCCCUCCUGAAGACAACUUUGGGGAGAGGCAGUACUGUCCCAUCUGGGUGGCACAGGGGCAGCUCGUGGACAGCAGGUGCUGAGGGGCUGCUCCUGCAGGUCACCCUCUGCCAUCAUGAUGGAGAAAGGGCCCCCCAACUCCAGUGAAGGCCAGCAAGGCUGGUUCUCAGCCAGAAAUGGCAGUGGCAGCUCCUUAGAUCUGGAAUCUGUGGUGCAACCCCUCGCCUUGAACCCGUGGGACGUUGUCCUCUGCAUCUCGGGGACCAUCAUCUCCUGUGAGAACGCCAUCGUGGUGGUGGUCAUCUUCUACACCCCGGCUUUCCGUGCCCCAAUGUUCCUCCUGAUCGGCAGCUUGGCCACAGCCGACCUCCUGGCAGGUCUGGGGUUGAUCCUGCACUUUGCCUUUGUGUACUUCAUCCCAUCGGAAGCGGUCAGCCUGCUCACCGUGGGGCUCCUGGUCACCUCCUUCACGGCCAGCGUCAGCAGCCUGCUGACCAUCACCAUCGACCGCUACCUGUCCCUCUACAACGCCCUGACCUACUACUCGGAGAGGACGGUCACCAGGACUUACAUCAUGCUGAUCCUCACCUGGGGAGCCUCCAUCUGCUACGGGCUGCUGCCCGUCAUGGGCUGGAACUGCCUGAAGGAGCCCUCCGCCUGCAGCAUCGUCAAACCGCUGACCAAGAGCCACCUCAUCAUCCUCUCCGUCUCCUUCUUCGCGGUGUUGGCGGCGAUGCUCCAGCUGUAUGUGCAGAUCUGUAGGAUCGUGUGCCGGCACGCGCACCAGAUCGCCGUCCAGAGGCACUUCCUGCCCAGCUCCCACGACGUCACCACCCGCAAGGGCAUCGCCACGCUGGCCAUCAUCGUGGGCACCUUCGCGUCCUGCUGGCUGCCCUUCGCUGUGUACGGGCUGCUGGGGGAUUACAGCUACCCGGCCCUCUACACCUACGCCACCCUGCUGCCUGCCACCUACAACUCCAUGCUCAAUCCCGUCAUUUACGCCUUCAGGAACCAGGAGAUCCAGAAGGUGCUGUGGGCCGUGUGCUGCGGGUGCUUCUCCUCCACGCUGCCUUUCCGCUCCCGCUCCCCCAGUGACGUCUGAUGCGCCCCCCCCGCAUCCUUCACUUGCCGAUUGCAGUCGGGGAUUUGCUUUGAUUCCCCCUUUUCAUUCCCAGAGGCACAUUGCAGGAGCCCUUGGAAUCAAGCAGCUCUUCCCAGCCUCAUCCUUUUUGGGCACAACCCCUUCUUUUCCUCUAUUUUUCCACUUUUUGAAUAGAGAGAAAAACGUAUUUUUUAUUCAUAAUAUAAUCUAUAUUUAUGUGUGAGAGAGAGGGGGCGAUCCUCAUAUUUUCUUUAAAACUAUUUAUGAUGCUUCAUUUUUUUAAGGGUGGGGAAACACCAGGAACAUUCAUCCCCCUCUUGUUUUUUUUACAACCUUGUUAUUUACCUCAGAUAGUUAAAAUAUAUUUUAUACAUUUGGGGAAGGGGAGGAGAGACUCGUUGCCAGAGGAGGAGGGACUCAACCCCCUCCCCCCUUCUCUCAGCAGUCCAUCCAUUUAUUUAUUUAUUGGUAUUUGAAUUAUUAUUUAAUUUGAUUUCCAAGCCUCCCUCCCGCCGCCCAGUGCUGGGCCCUGCUGCCCUCUAGUGCUCGCUGCCUUCAGGAGGGGGGGGCUGCCAGAGGCUCUGCACCCCCAAACCCACAAGCUUUGGGGUCCUCUGUGUGCUGCCACCCCUCUCACAGCACCCAGGGCUCCCCCUGCCAAAGCCUUUCUUUGCACUGGGAUUGGAUUUGCACAUUUCUGGCCUGGGGAGACGGAUGUGAAAGGCCCCUCGUGCAGGGGACCCCUGGGGAUGGGGAUCCCCUGGGAUGGGGAGCCCUCAGGAUAGGGACCCCUCUGGAUGGGGACCUCUCAGUGGGUCAGGGUGAGGGGGCUUCUUCUUGUUUACAAUUCUGGCAGGGGAAUAAAUUAAUUUGUGGUAUGAGGUGCGGCUGUUUGAUGCUGGGGAGGGGGUGGGAUGGUGUUUCCCGAGGGGGCAGAGGAGGCUGAGGUUCCCGAGUGCCAUCAGGGCCAUCCCCCUGCUCCGUUUCCCUGCUCCUGGAUAAGAGAUGCCGAGUGACAGCGCUUCCCCCACCCAUCACAUCCUGUUAGCAGGAGCUGGCCCGGGGCGAGCAGCACUGAGGCCCCUGACCAUCCUCAUCCUCACAGCCCCAGCAGGCACAGGGGCUGCAUCCAGCUCUGCUGGUGACAUCUGACAUGUCCCCCCACCCAGGGACGGCGAGGACUCAUUCCCACCGUGGGGGUCCAUCUGAGGGGUUGCAGUCGGAGCCCUCCAUGCAGCGGGAACGGAAUCUCUGCCUCCGUCUCUGCCCCCCAGUCCCUCUCCUGUUGAAGGGGGCACAGGGGGACCAUGCCCAGUAACCCCACACUGAGAUUCCCGUGCUUCAAAAGUCACUGCUCACACAGGCUCUGGAACACCCAUCCCUGCUGCCCCAGCUGCCUGCUGCUGGCAGGGAAGGCGGGGUUAAUGAUGGCAGAGCUAACGAGGGCAGCUCAGCCCCUCCGGUAGCAGCCUCUGCGCCCCCAGAGCCCCCCGUGCCCCUGCCUGCCCGGGUCAGGGAGCAGCAGGUUUCUCACAGGGAUUUGUGCGUCCGCAGACGCGCUGGGAUGUGGCAGAGCCCGGGGCUGGGGAGCAGCCGGGGCCCGGCUCGGUGCCGUGGGAUGUGUGCAGCCCCCGAGGCUUCGCUUCACCUUGGGCUCGGGGACCUGGUGGCAGCCCCGAGGGCUGGGGCUGUUUAUUGCAAAGGAAAUGAAGAUUUCCCUCUCCUGAGUGCUGGCAAGGGGCUGUGUUAGCAAGUAAUGAGGAGAGAUUGGGCUGGGAGGGCUGAGGGACCCACAGAUUGUCUCCUGCUCUCCCAGGGCUGGGCUCAGCACUGGGGAUGGGGAAUUUUGGGCUCCCCUUGUCCCCAUCGAGGCUAAACCAGAGGCUGGAGGUGUUCAUUUUACCCCAGGGCUCAGCUGAGCGCCCUCAGGAGAUAAUUCCCAAGCCUAUCUCCCCCAGCAGUGAAAAAUCCGUAAUUCCCAGCUCUGCUGUAUGCAGGGGCAGUUUUUACCUGGUGAUUCUUAUGUCAACAUCACAUGGCAGCUGAAACAGCUUUUCUCUCCCUCGUGCCUCCCCUGCUGAUGUCUUCAGAGGGAGCUUCUUCACGCUGUGCAAGCCCAUCCAGUUCCUCCCACUCCCUGGGCUCCCUGUCACUUCCUCUGGGGACAGGGUGACACACCAGAGUGUGCAAGGCACAAAGGCAGCACCAUGCAGGUCUGCUGGAACCCCUCCUCAUGCUCCCACCCACCACAGCCGGCAGUGGGGGUGGGCACUGGGCUGCACCUCCCCCUUCCCAGCUCCUGGCAGGGCUGUGCUGUUGCUGAUGAGCUUCCCUAAUUGACUGGGGGCAAUGCAGAGGGCUCAGGAGCUGCCCUGACCCAGAACAACAACGGGGCAUCAAAAGACAUCACAACAUCUCAGGACAAGGCGUUUCCCCAGAAUCGGAAAUUCGGGAGCUGUGGGAGCUGAGCCCUCACUGAAUCCUUGUCACCACCACCCUGAGAAUGCCACCCCCACAGCUCUGUCCCCUGCUGCCACCACGGUGGCCAUUGCCCAGCUCCAUGUGCCCCCUUCCCAGGUGAGAAAUGCACCCUU